CGUGCCUCCCUCUCGUCUUCUUCCCCACCCCACCCCACCCCCGAGCUCGGCGGAAGCCCAAAUCCCAAGCAGAGGAGCAAAAUCUCGAGAGCUCGUGCCGGCGACGACCACGAGAAGGAGGCCGCGGCACGAGAGCUCCCCAGGCCCCAGGCCUCUGUUUCUCUUCGCAGCUCCAGCGGCAGCGGCAGCAGAAGCAUUAGCAAGAGGAAGAUGUCGUCGGCGUUCAGCGGCGAUGAGACCGCCCCCUUCUUCGGCUUCCUAGGCGCCGCCGCCGCGCUCAUCUUCUCAUGCAUGGGGGCGGCGUACGGGACAGCCAAGAGUGGCGUAGGCGUGGCGUCCAUGGGUGUCAUGCGCCCUGAGCUCGUCAUGAAGUCCAUCGUGCCCGUGGUCAUGGCUGGUGUGCUCGGUAUCUACGGCCUCAUCAUUGCUGUCAUCAUCAGUACUGGGAUCAACCCCAAGGCCAAGCCAUACUACCUCUUCGACGGCUACGCCCACCUGUCGUCUGGCCUUGCCUGUGGUCUUGCUGGGCUUGCCGCCGGCAUGGCCAUUGGCAUUGUCGGUGAUGCUGGUGUCAGGGCCAACGCUCAGCAACCUAAGCUGUUCGUGGGCAUGAUCCUCAUCCUCAUUUUCGCCGAAGCGCUUGCCCUCUAUGGUCUCAUUGUCGGCAUCAUCCUCUCAUCCCGCGCCGGCCAGUCCCGUGCAGACUAGGCGCGUUCCAGAUGUCGAUACCAUGUCUGGCCGUGGAAGAUCCAUUAUCUGUAGAGGGUUAAUUUUCAUUCUGUCUAGUAUUCUGUUUGGGUCUGAGGAAAAAAAAAACAUGUGCAUCCUAGGGAGGACUUCCCCUUGUGGUGCCGGUGCCAUUCUUUCGCUGUCUGUGGUGGUGGUGGUGGUGGGCUGUGGUCGAUGCUUAGUAUUUAUGCACAGUUUUUUUGGUUGGGUUAUGGCUGGACGGCGUUGUAAUCUGGUGAAUAAGAAUAAGCAAGGACAUGCAAUAUAAUGCGACGAGUGUCGAGGACACCUUUUGUUCAU